AGCAAUUUGCAAGAGUGAAGAAGAGGUCUCAUUUGACGUCAGCACCGUGCGUUUUCGAGGAAACUGAAGCAAGAUGGCGGGGGCCAAGGUGAAGCAGGACAUGGCUCCUUCGGGAGGAUACGCUUCUAUUGAUUACAAGAGAAGUCUUACGAAAAGAGGAAUCUCUGGAUACACCAGGUUUGGUAUAGGCCUUGGUCUCAUGAUUCUUGGUAGCUGGAAAUUUGUACAGAUGAAUAGAGAAAGAAGGCGCCGCUAUAUUGAGGAGCUGGAAGCAAGAAUCGCCUUGAUGCCUCUUAUGCAGGCAGAACACGAUCGGAGGAAUUUGAGAAUUAUGAGGGAAAAUCUAGAAGAGGAGGCAAUCAUCAUGAAAGAUGUUCCAGGCUGGACGGUGGGGGAGAAACUUUUCAACACCGAUCGCUGGGUUCCCCCUUCGGGUUGGGAGCUCUAUUACCUCCGGCCAUCCGAAGACUCCAAUAAGAAUAAGUUCGGGUUCUUGGGCCCACUCUAAGUACCGUGAAAAUGAAAGAUUCUGAGCUUCAACUUCUUUCUCACCUUGUUUGAUGUGGUCCUGGUUGCUGAUUUAAUUAAACUUGUGAAUAAUGUUCAUUAUUAAAACUAUUUACCCUGA